AUGGUGAAGGCUACGGACUCCGGAUUAUUCAAAGGUAUCACUCUCCCAAAUAACGGCCCCGUUGUAUCACACCUAUUUUAUGCAGAUGAUGUAGUAUUCAUCGGAGAUGGGAAUGUGGAACACGCAAAAAACCUAAACCGCAUCCUUAGGUGUUUUUUUCUAGCAUUGGGUUUGAAGGUGAGCCCAUCAAAGAGCAAAGUAUAUGGCAUAGGUCUUGAGGAGAUAGAGUUAUCUUUUUUAGCAUCGGCCUUAGAUUGUAAUGUUGGGGACAUGCCUUUUAAAUACCUCAGAAUGUUGGUUGGUGCAAAUAUGAGUCGGGUGGCAAGUUGGAAGCCGGUGGUGGACCGCUUCAAUGCAAAGUUGUCAAGAUGGAAUGCGAAAAGCUUGUCGUUUGCAGGACGAGUAACGUUGGCUAAAGCGGUAUUAGGAAACUUACCAACGUAUUUCCUAUGUCUCUGCAAAGCACUGAUUAAGUUGGCAGCAACAAAAGGAUCCCCAGUGAUGGAAAACUACAAAAGAUUCGGCCCGAAUGUAGUCUGGGAGUGCAGUUGGAAGUCACACCCAACGUCAGAAUCCACAUGGGCAGAACUGUUGGGCUUCUUGGAGCUUUUAAGGAUGGCCGAGGUGAAAGAGGGUGAAGAUUCGUGGAUCUGGGGUCAGGAAGUGGAAGCCAUCUUUUCAGUCAAAACGGUAAGAGAGGACCUAGAAGCAGCAUGUACACAACUUCCGUUAGGCUUCAUGAUCAAAUGGUGUAAUUGGGCGGUGCCUAAAGCGAACACGUUUGUUUGGAAGUGUGCACAAGGUAGAAUUCCAAAGAGAGUCGAGCUAAAAAAGAGGGGUGUACAAACUGGUAAAAAUCUUUGUGCUUGUUGUGGAUACAUACCGGAAAUUGUGGAACAUCUCUUGAUAUCAUACAUGUUGGCACAGGCACUAUGGUGGGCUAUCGGGGUAUAG